AUGGUAAAUACUUUACCAGAGAGUCGAGUCGGAGGCGGGGCGUCGAACCUUUAUGUCGGAGCCUCGGAGGUGAGGCGGGUCUUAGAGGCAAGGCGAGGAGCGGCCGGAGCUUUUGGGUCGGACUUCGGAGGUGAGGCGUCGAGCGGUCGAGGCGCGAAGAAGAGGCUUUGUCGGACUUCGCGAGUGUGUACUGUGUCGAGAGGCUUAAGACGCCGGACCGCCGGAGAUAGCGACUGUGAGAGAGAGGCGACGAGUGAUGGAGUGAGUAGGGAUGGUGCGGUUGUGGCUGUGCGAGAGCGAGAUGCAAAGGGACAUAAAUUUCUCUUUUCUCAAACCUUAAUCCCUAUUCCCUAA